AGUUGGAUUUUGGACAAUAUUAUGGAAACAAAAAAUGCAAUUUUGUUGUUGGCUGAUGGAGCUGAAGAAAUGGAAACUGUAACAACAGUUGAUAUACUUCGACGAGCUGGGAUUGUCGUGACAAUUGCAAGUAUCACUGAUUCAAUGACAAUAAAAUGUAGUCGUGAUAUUAAAAUUGUUGCUGAUUGCAAGCUUGAUGAUGUCCAAGACCAAGAUUAUGAUGUUGUUAUAUUGCCAGGUGGACUUGGUGGCUCUAAAGCACUUGGUGCUUCUGAAAAAGUUGGAAAAUUACUGAAACUACAGGAAAAUAAAGGAAAAAUAAUUGCAGCAAUUUGUGCAGCUCCAACAGCUCUUAAGUCUCAUGGAAUUUUUAAGAACAAACAAUUAACAUCUUAUCCAGCAAUGAAGGAUCAAUUGACUGAUUUUUAUCAAUAUUUAGAGGAUGAUGUUGUUAUUGAUGGUAAUUUGAUCACCAGUCGUGGACCAGGUACUGUUUAUAGUUUUGCAUUGGCAAUUGUUGAAAAAUUGCUUGGUAAAUCAGCUGCAUUACCAGUUGCUCAAGGAAUGCUCUAUAAAAAUUACCAAUAAUUUAACAAUCAUGUUCAGCUAUUGACAACUAUAUUGGAUUUAAUUUUUGUAUAAAAUUUAUAGUUUUGUCUGAAUAAAUAAUAUAUGAUUCAUCAA